AGGUCUCCAUACAACGGAGAGUGGUCAUUCAUUAUUCCAACCGAGUAACGCCGUUUCCUUUCCCAUCCUCUCUCACUCACACCGCGCGUCGUUCAACGGAACGCUUCUUUUUCUGCUGCUGCUGCUUCUUCUUCUUCCUCUCCUCUUCUUCUUCUUUGUCUUCUUCUUUCUGCUUCAGCCUCUGUAACUGGUAAUCUCUUACGGUGGACGCUGUCGGAAACGGGAUCUUGUAGAGAUAAUAAAGAGGAUUCGGUGAUUCAGAUUGUUUCUUCUGCAGGCGUUACAAAGCGAAUCGUGUUGUUUUGGCGAGUAUUUAUAUUUUAAAUUUUAUUUUUUUCCUCGGGCGUUGACCUGCGUUGAACCAUGUUGAGCCGGGCGUCAAAUGUUUCGGCCGAAGAAGUGGUUGGUUCUGGUGACGGUGAGGAUGAGCUGUAUGAACAGCAAUGGAAGGCUUGCGCGGGACCACUAGUGGAUGUUCCUCGUGUUGGCCAGAGAGUGUUCUAUUUUCCACAAGGCCACAUGGAGCAAUUAGAGGCUUCAACCAACCAGGAAUUGAAUCAGAGGAUUCCUCUGCUGCACCUUCCCACGAAGAUCCUUUGUCGCGUCGUGAACGUUCAUUUACUGGCUGAGCAAGAAACGGAUGAGGUUUAUGCGCAGAUCACUUUGGUGCCGGAAUCUAAUCAAGAUGAGCCUUCAAGUCCUGAUCCGUGCACUGCUGAACCUACAAGGGCACCGGCUCACUCGUUCUGCAAGGUCUUGACGGCUUCUGAUACUAGCACCCAUGGUGGCUUCUCUGUUCUCAGGAAACAUGCCACUGAGUGCCUUCCUGCAUUGGAUAUGUCCCAACCAACACCAACCCAGGAAUUGGUUGCAAAGGAUCUUCAUGGUUAUGAAUGGCGGUUUAAGCAUAUAUUUAGAGGUCAGCCACGCAGACACUUGCUCACAACUGGAUGGAGUACUUUUGUGACUUCCAAAAGAUUAGUUGCAGGGGAUACCUUUGUGUUCUUGAGAGGGGACAAUGGGGAAUUACGUGUCGGAGUGAGACGUCUAGCUCGCCAGGCAAGUAGCAUGCCUUCAUCUGUGAUCUCCAGUCAAAGCAUGCACCUGGGAGUUCUUGCAACUGCCUCUCAUGCUGUUGCAACCCAGACUCUUUUUGUGGUAUAUUAUAAGCCAAGGACGAGCCAGUUCAUCAUUGGAGUGAACAAGUAUUUGGAGGCUGUGAGCACGAAGUUUGGUGUUGGCAUGAGGUUUAAGAUGAGAUUCGAGGGGGAUGAUUCCGCUGAGACUGACAAAAGAUUUUCGGGUACCAUUGUUGGAAUUGAAGAUAUUUCUCCUCAUUGGGAAAAUUCAAAAUGGCGAUCGCUGAAGGUUCAAUGGGAUGAACUUGCAGCUGUUCCAAGACCUGAGAGGGUUUCACCGUGGGAAAUAGAGCCAUUUGUAGCUUCUUCUACACCCUCGGUUCAACCCACUAUUGUGAAGACUAAAAGGCCCCGACCAUCCAGCGAAGUUCCAGAUGUUGAUGCAACAUCCGCUGCUUCUGUUUUCUGGGAUACUGAUCUGCCACAGCCUGAUACGACACAAAUCAAUGUUUUGGCCGAAAGCAAACAGAAUGACAAUACUGGUACAUGGCAUCAUAUGCAAACUGACAUGAAUAGUAAAAGCAACAGCAACAACACUAUGUUAAGGAAUCAGACCGAAGGAAGUUGGCUAUCGUCUCCCCAUUCCAGUUGUCCAUCUCAAUUGUUUCAAGACACAACAGAUGAUAGCAAGAGCGUCUCAGCUUGGCCUGUUUCAAAGCCUCAUCCGUCCAGAUUGAACAAUGAGCAUGUGCUUGACCAAGUUGACAAGGAGAGCAAAGUUGAGACUGCUACAAGUUAUCGGUUGUUUGGAAUUGAUCUUAUUGAUCAUUCUAGGAACUCAUCUGCUGUAGAGAAGGCAUCUCCGCAUGCAGUAAAUGUACCCAAAGUUACUACUGAAGGAUGUACUAGCACCUUGUCCCAAACAGAUGCUGGCCAUAUGUCGGAGGUACCAAAGGCUUCUUCCAAGGAGAGGAAACAAGAACAGCAACAAGUGUCUCCGAAGGAGUCUCAGAGCAAGCAAAUUUCUAGAAGUCGCACUAAGGUUCAAAUGCAGGGUGUUGCAGUGGGUCGUGCUGUAGAUUUAACAAUGUUGGAUGGUUAUAAUCAACUUAUAAAUGAAUUAGAGGAGAUGUUUGACAUAAAGGGACAGCUUCAACACAGGAAUAAGUGGGAAAUUGUCUUCACUGAUGAUGAAGGUGACAUGAUGCUUGUGGGAGAUGAUCCAUGGCCUGAAUUCUGUAGUAUGGUGAGGAGAAUCUUCAUUUGCUCCAGUCAGGAUGUGAAGAAGAUGAACUGUGGAAGCAAACUGCCAAUCUCUUCAGUGGAAGAUGGGACUGUAAUAAGCUCAGAUACAACUGAAACCUGAAACUUUGACAUUCUUUCUUGUGGUUUUGCGUUUGUUUGUCAGCACCCAAAUGCUGAUCCUUCUUCUUGUUGCUUCAAUUGUUCGUGGGAAGGAAGUAGGUCUAUUUGGGCUGGGCAAGUUUCAUGUUAUUAGAUGUGAAACACUAGCUAAUUGUAACUUAAUUUGUAGAGACACCACCAGGCAUUAAUUGUGUUAGAAAAAAAAGACCAAAACAGAUUUCUUUAAUAAAUUAGUGGGAGAUGGCAAAUUUAGGCUGUAGCAUCUGUGAAUAUUCAUGUUAAGUUUGGAAGAAGAAUAUGUUGGGGUUUGAUUUGCC